CACAGACACAGUGGAUUGUGGAGGGUUACGUCGUCUAAAGAGAAAGAGAGAAAGACAGAGAGAGAGAGAGAGAGAAAGAGAGAGAGAGACCUAUAUAGAGACUAGAGAGCGACGCUCGGUGUUUUUUUUCUCGGUUCUCUCAUCGCCCCUUUACUUGUGUGUGAUCGAUUCUCGAGAGGAAAAGCACGCUGUAAAUUUGGUGCACGUACGAGGAUAUAAAGCAACCUCAAGAAGGUGUUUAUCUGCACCUAAAAUCAUCUAUUUAGUGCGGGACCACCAAUAAGAUAAUGGUUAAACUGGUUAACAAAUUUAGCGUCGGUGAGCGCGUCUUCGCUAAGGUGCGAGGUUAUCCGCCUUGGCCUGCUAAGAUUGAAAGUAUUACAGACCCUACAUCAAAGCAGGCAAAGUACCAUGUGGUGUUUUUUGGUACUAAGGAAAUUGGAACAUGCAAAAUUGAAGAUCUUUUUAGAUAUGCAGAAAACAAAGAUAAAUUCAGUAAAACUGUUCGACGAAAAUAUUUUCAUGAAGGAAUUGAAGAGUUGGAAGAGGAUCUUAGAAAGAAUCCCAAUCCAACACUUGAUGAUUCUGGAAAAGGUUCAGAUACUGAAGCGAUUGAAAAUGUACCUGAAAAUGCAGCCGAUGAUAGUACUGUAGCAUCAAAUGAUUCAAUGAAUCAACCAACAACUGGUGAUGAAGACACUGAUGCCGGAAACCUUGUUAUAGAUGAAACAGACAAAAAAAAAACUGUGAAGAGAAAGUCACACGUAGUACCUAAUACACCUGAUGUUACAGAAGUUAAGAAAAAACGAGGAAGAAAAAGUAUGGCUACGAUAUUAGCAGAAAAUAGUGCAAAACUAGAUGCAAAAUUAGACACUACAUCACAGGACUCUCAAGAUGAGGAUUCUGACAAAAAAGUCAGUCGAAGUGGUAGGAAAAUCAAACCUAAACGAUUCCAUGAUAGUAUUGAUGCUGAAAUUUCAAUUGAUUCAUCAAGGAAUGAGCAUUCUGCAAGAAGUAGAACAAAAAGUAAAACUGAAGAUAGCAACGAAAAUCAGGAUAUAGUUACACCAAUUAAAAAGAGGAUGGGCAUUGAGAAAGAUGAUAAAAAGACCGUACUUAUUGACAGUGUGGAGGCUGAACAAAAUCAGUCAAAGUUGAAAACCUUACGAUUAGAAUCACAUAUAUUAUUUUUGGAUACACAGAUAAGGUCAAGCUUGGGUCUUGACAAAGCAAAUGUUAAUGAUUGUCUAGAUGCAUUAGAUCAACUAUUAGAAUAUGAAAUUACACCUUUGAUGUUGAAAAAACAUUCCCAUAUUGUUGAAACUAUCAAGAGGUUAAGACGAUAUAUUGGAAAUCUUCCAGACUGGAAAUUGAGUGAAGAAGAAACAAUUGUUUUUAAACAGAAGGCAGAACAAAUAAAAAAGAAAGCAGAAGAAAUCUAUAGUAAAUUCAGGACACUUUUUGAAAUUUCUGAGGGUGAAAGUUUUUGGCAUGUGUUUGUCAAACAGUUGGAAGAGUUCAAGAAACACACUGCACAUUUGAAUGAUGAAGAAUUAUUCUCUCUGCUAGUUGAUCCUACAGAGUCAUCUAAGCUAACUAAAGUUGAAGAAGUAACGAGUCUUAAAAAAGAAACAGCAGUUGAGUCUGUACCACAGGACUCUGUUACAGGUACUUCUGUUACAGAAGAAGCUGAAGCAAAGGAAUAAUUCUAUUAAUAUAGGUUUAACUUUCUUUCAUGGCAAUUUCCCGUCAUCAUCUAAAGCGAUAGUAUCAUUUGUUCUGACAAUAAGUUUGUGAAAUUAAGGUGAUUUACUCCUGAAAAGUAUGUAAAUCAUAUAUAUUUUAUGUAAAUCAAAAUUUUCCUAUGAAAUGAGAUAUUCAUUUUUUCAUUGGCUGUAAUGUGGACUAUAACAUUUAAUGUGAGAAUAGGCUUUUUUUAUUUGAUAAUCAUUAGAUUUUUUUAAGGUAUGUCAAAAAAAGGUCUUUGUUUCUUGCAUAUACUAUUUUAUCUACGUGUAGUUGAGGUUAUUAUGUUUGAUGAUGACAUUCAAACCUGUAAUUAACAAUAGAGAUACAAUACUUAUGAAACUGAUACAAAUCAUGACUAUAUAUAUCAUAUGGUGCAUUGAAUCGCAUGUGACAAGAUAUAAAAUUAGUUUAAUAUUUAAAAGGUGAUCUCACACAUGUGUUGGAAAUCAAUUCACAGCAUACAAAUGCAAAUAAUAUGAACAAGAAACACUGCUGAAAAAAAUUAUUUGACAUUCUUUUUAAAAUAAGAUUGCAGUUUGUCAUCAUUCUUAAUUAUUGAUUGAUUGAUUGAUCGAUUGAUUUUAUUUAAAAUUCUAAAAAAAAUUUUUGAAUAAGAUGCCUAUCUUUGAUAAGUACACUGAUAUUAAAGUGAGUUAUAAUCAAUUCAUAUUUACAAAGGAAACUAGAAUGUUUACAAUUUAUUGUCUGGUAAAAAGUAAAUCAUUCUCGCAUCCUUAUUUUCAAUGUAAUAAGAAAGUAACAUAUUCCUACAGCGAUAUUAUUUUUAGUCUCGUAUGAAUGUUAUUAAUGUCAUUAAAUAAUAGUCACGGAAACGAUUUUUCUUAUAUUUCGUCAUUUAAAAGUUUUUAAGUCUUUUAGUCGAUACUUUGAAUCGAGGUUGGAGACAAAGUUUUCAAAUUAUUUUUUUCUUUCAUAAAACAAAACAAAUCAGUGAUCUAUAACAUUCUAUAAGAGUCCAAUCAAAAUUCUCAAUUUAUACAUGAUAAUAAAUAUCUGAGCUUAGUCAAUUGAUCAUUAGAGUUACAGCUUAGAAUGAGGAACAAAAAAAAAAUUAUCAUGUUUGACAUUUUAUUUGAUAAUGCACUUUAAAUAAGCUUAUAAAUAGUAAUAACGUCGUGAUAUGUAUUUACAUUUAUAUUUCACAUUGUAGAAACAGUAGUGCAACUAUGUUAAUCACAGUUAAUUACAAAACAAACUGUCAACACUAAUGAUCAGAUAUGAACAUUAAAUUAAGUAUUUGUGAUAGCUUUCAUCUUUAAGGUCGUAUGUAGUGUAAAAUUUCCAAGAAAGUAUAAAUAUAAAAUAUAACUUUCUUCAAAUUUCACUAACAGGCAUCUCUUUAAUUAUUGGUAAAAUAUAUUUGUUUCGUAAAAUAGUUAUAAUGUAAAGAAAACUUCUGUAUUUUAUAAAAUUUGUACGCCUGAAAAGAUCUAUCUUUGUCAUUUUUAUACUUGCCUCUGGCAAACAGUUCGCACAACAUCAAGUACUUGUAACUUGUGUCUUGCUAAUCUUUGCUCACCUUUAUGUACAUUUGUUCUUCGUUUUUGAUGACUUGGCUCGAUUUUAUUUGCACAAGCGAGAGAAUAUGAAAAAGUUCAAACCUCAAAAGAAUAAAUCUAUAUCGAAUUUUGAUACAAAAAUAAAAAAUUAAAAACGAUUAAAAAAAGAAAGCAGGAAUAGUUUAAGAUUAGAAAUUAUAGUAUCAUAAUCUUUGAAUAAGCUUGUAUCAAAGAUAUUUUGAAUAAAAAAUGUUGCGAGAAAGUAAUGUAUUUUGCACGUGUAAAUUAUGUUUUAUUAUUUA